AUGUCCCUAAAGUUGCAAAAGCGACUCGCAGCUUCCGUACUGAAAUGCAGCAAAUCGCGCGUCUGGUUGGAUCCCAAUGAGAUGAGCGAAAUUGCUAUGGCAAAUUCCCGAUUUAGCAUAAGGAAGUUGAUAGGGGAUGGUCUAAUUAUUAAAAAGAGUGUAGCUCCUCAUUCCAGAGCCCGUAUUAGACUCUUCCAUGAAGCCAAGAGUAAGGGUAGACAUAUGGGCUUGGGGAAACGCAGGGGCACCAAAAACGCCAGACAACCUGAAAAGAUCCUUUGGACUCGAAGGCAGCGCGUUUUGAGGAGGUUGUUAAAGAAACUGAGGGAUUCAAAGAAGAUAGAUUCUCACAUGUACCACAAUUUCUACAUGCGUUGCAAGGGCAACCAAUUUAGAAAUAAAAGGGUACUACAGGAAGCUAUUCACAACCAAAAGAAUGUAUGGAUUAAACAGAAGGCGGAGACGGAACAGAUUGAGGCUUUGAAGGCUAAGGCCAAGGUGAUUAGGACCAGAAGAAAAAAUAAGUCUGUCAAUGCAUAA